CACUGAAAAUGUCAUUUGUUAUUUUGUAAUAUUUGCUUGAGAAGGAACGAUGAGCAAACAGGCAGAUCCCUACAACAAACUUAAAAGUCCACUCAUAAGUUGCCUCCAAUCCGACUUCUCAACGGCAGCCCUCUACUCUGGUUACCACCCCGCCUCUAAUAAAGUCUACGCCCAAAUUCAAGUAUUGCGAGAUGGUCAUGAUGGUUGAUAUUCCGACUCAUAUAAACAUAGGAAGAGGAGCUCAGGAGGACUCGUUUGUCCAGAUCUUGGGACUGUCAUCGGAUAGGCCACUGGUAAAAGUGAAUAACCAAGUGCUGGCUGGGGAAGUGAUCACCGCACUAGGGUCUGAUUUACUUCUUGAGAUUGAAACUUCUACAGUACCGUCUGCCAACAAAGAUUCUCAAAAUACCACAAUUAAAAAAGUGAAGGAUGUCAUCGUUACAGAUAAAAGACUGAAUAUGGACCCAGUUUACCUCGAAUCAAAAAAACGAGAAAGAAAAACACCAACCAAAAAAAACGUAAAAGAAAAAGUGACGUGCUGCAGCCUGUGGGAAAUCAUGUGGCCAGGUCAGCAUCAUCCAGUGAACCAAUUGCAGCAGCAGCAGAUGCGGACAGUGGCUCUAGUGAGAUGAAAACUUCUUGAGGGAAUGGCAUUUAUUUUUCCUUCUGAAUUUUGUUAAAUUUUGUUGUUUUUUAUUUGGUGAUUAUGAAUAAAUUGUAUAUAUUUCUAUACAUCACGCUAA